GGAGACAAGGCGGCCGCUGCGGGGAGAUGCCGCGCGAGGAAGUGGAUCGGGCGGGUACGCCGGGUGUGCGCACCUGCGCGCCGGGCAGCGGGGACCAGUGUGCUAGCCCAGGGAUGUUCUUCUCAUGGCAAUGACGGAGUGCAAGCAGACACAUGCACAGCCUCUAGAGGACUACAUUUGGCACCAGCUUACUGUCACUUUUGCCUCAUUCUGUUGACCACACGAACACAGAAGAGUUUCUCUGCCAUGCAUACCCAGCAGUGGAAUUGCUGAAUCAUGAGAUCUUCUGAACAUGUCCCCAUUCCGUGAGCCCACAGUGAUCUGUUUGUUUUGCCUGGUCCCAGCUCAUGCAUUCUUCAAGUCUUGGUAACCAGGAUGUUUUGUCUGUUCAGGCUCUAAACGAUCAGUGGGACAGGAACCGAAGUUAAGUAGCUCAGGAUGCAUCAAGAUGAACUUGGGAAAACCGCGAGCCGCUGUGCUGACUGGACUGCUUCUCUGAAUCAGCUGGAACUUCUUUUUGUGUCUAGUUUUAAAAGCUCCUCGGAAGCAAUCCUAAAUCCAGAAUCGUUUCAAUUAUUAUGAGGGGAAUUCUGAAGUUCUCAUUAAACACACGAAUGACUCAAGCUUUGAAAAGAGCCAGAUGCCACAGGCAAGAAUCCCAGGGCAUUGCCCACCUGGGUGUGAUCCCCUGAUAACUGUCUAACGAACUCAGCAUGUGUCCCCCGGGGCAUGACCAUCUGCUGGGCAAAGCUCCAGGACCCUGAGACAUCCUGGAAUUCCUGUGGUUUAGGAAAGACCUUUAACUACCAGUGGUAGUUGUCUCAUCGUUCUUCAAAUAAUCUGGUCUUGUUUAUUAUUAUCAUUACUAUUUAAUUUUAUUUUAUUACAGCUGUACUUGGAGAAUAGUCCGGUCUUGAGGCCUUUUCACUGUGGUCUGUUCUAGUGUAUGGCUCCCACCAGUGUGAAGCAGAAGGAUGACUUUGCUCUGUUGUCAGGACAACCUUGAAGGAAGGAGCCAAAUGUGUGGAGGUCUGUGGGAAGAGAGAGCCACCUAGCAUGUCCCCACUGAACCAGUCAACAGAAGGCCUUCCCCAGGAGGCCUCCAACAGAUCCCUGAAUGCCACAGAAACCCCAGAGGCUUGGGAUCCCAGGACCCUCCAGGCACUCAAGAUCUCCCUUGCCAUGGUCCUUUCCAUCAUCACACUGGCCACAGUCUUCUCCAACGCCUUUGUACUCACCACCAUCUUACUCACCAGGAAGCUCCACACCCCUGCCAACUACCUGAUUGGCUCCCUGGCCACCACCGACCUCUUGGUUUCCAUCUUGGUCAUGCCCAUUAGCAUCGCCUAUACCAUCACCCACACCUGGAACUUUGGCCAAAUCUUGUGUGACAUCUGGCUGUCUUCUGACAUCACGUGCUGCACGGCCUCCAUCCUGCAUCUCUGUGUCAUUGCUCUGGACAGGUACUGGGCGAUCACGGAUGCCCUGGAGUACAGUAAACGCAGGACAGCUGGCCAUGCGGCCACCAUGAUUGCCAUCGUCUGGGCCAUCUCCAUCUGCAUCUCCAUUCCCCCUCUCUUCUGGCGACAGGCCAAGGCCCAGGAGGAGAUGUUGGAGUGCCUGGUGAACACCUCUCAGAUCUCCUACACCAUCUACUCCACGUGUGGGGCCUUCUACAUUCCCUCGGUGUUGCUCAUCAUCCUAUAUGGCCGGAUCUACCGGGCGGCCCGGAAUCGCAUCCUGAAUCCACCCUCACUCUAUGGGAAGCGCUUCACCACAGCCCACCUCAUCACAGGCUCUGCAGGGUCCUCCCUCUGUUCGCUCAACCCCAGCCUCCAUGAGGGGCACUCGCACUCGGCUGGCUCCCCUCUCUUUUUCAGCCACGUGAAAAUCAAGCUUGCUGACAGUGCCCUGGAACGCAAGAGGAUUUCCGCUGCUCGGGAAAGGAAAGCCACUAAAACCCUGGGCAUCAUUCUGGGGGCUUUUAUCAUCUGCUGGUUGCCCUUCUUCGUGGUGUCUCUGGUCCUCCCCAUCUGCCGGGACUCCUGCUGGAUCCACCCGGCCCUCUUUGACUUCUUCACCUGGCUAGGCUAUUUAAACUCCCUCAUCAAUCCAAUAAUCUACACUGUGUUUAAUGAAGAGUUUCGGCAAGCCUUUCAGAAAAUUGUCCCUUUCCGGAAGGCCUCCUAGUCUUAUUCAGUGAUGACUCUUCUUAUCUUUUGUGUCCUGUAACCUAAUCAGGAUUUUUUUUUAAUUAUUAUUUUCUGAGACCUGGAUUAAUUAAUGAUAUCUUGAGUCUUGGUUCAAUUAACAGAAUUGUUCUUUUU